UAGGAAGAGGAAGUUCGUAAAAUAAUAAUCAUAGUAUUAAUUAACUGUAGUGUUGUAAUGUGUAUUUUGUACUAUUAAGUUUAAUUUGAUUGCCGGCGAAGUACAUUAUUGCAUAAAUAAUAAUAAGAUUCCCAAGGGUGACUUCAUAAUUUUAACUGCUAAAUUAAAAUUACUACUCGAUCUACUUGCAGCUUAGUAAAGUGUACAGAUAUUUGACAUUCUAAAGCGACCAUGUACAUCCGAGGUUGUUUUUGGUGAAGAAUGGCCAAGGUGCCCCGAAUGUACAUACUGUGUUCGGAAUACAGCUAACUGUAUUUUGCUGAACGGAACGUAACAAGGACUGUAACACAAAACGGGGAAUGUUUGUCUUAGGGAAAAUAACUCAUACACUGUAGUUUUCAUGUUGGUCCCUUAACUCACUUAUUAAUGCGUGUUGAGUCAAUACAUAUAUACAGUUUAUUGGAAAAUAAUGGCGUUCAAACAAUAAGUCUUACUUCAAGAAUUACUGGAUAGUUUCAACAUACUUUAAACCGGAACCAGUCCAUCAGUGAAUUGAUGAAUUUAAGUGCACCCUAAGUCCCGUGUUGCUGUUUUAAGUGUGCUUUGUACGGACAAGUUACGGAUGUUAUUUAUUAACGUGUGUAUACUGCAUUCAUCUUAAUUGCGGAAGUUUAAUGUUAACAUUACUAUUUUUACAUUUAAGCCUACGUUUAAAUACAUGAUUUAAUACAGUGAACAUUGGACUUUCGAUUUAGUCAAAAUCAAUGAAUGUUCAUUUUAAUUGUUCAACAUGGAAGUUCUAGUCGACAGCUGCAUAGAUUUUAUACCAACCCACACAUUCGCUCUUCUCGUUAUAUCAUGUUCCUCUUCCAUAUUUGGAUCAGUUAUAAUAUUUUGGACUUACUGGAAAAUUCCAGCGAUAAGAAACUUUUCAAGAAAACUUCUUCUCUUUCUCACCGUUGCCGACCUGCUCACUGCAAUCGGAAACUUGAUCGGUGGUAUACGUUACUUUGCAUUGGAAUAUUCGGAAAACCCAUGCAAGCGUCUUCAGAAGUCAGACAGCGUCUGUGUCGCCCAGAGUUUUAUCACGACUUUCUCCAGCAUGGCAUCGUUCUUCUGGACGGUUGCUAUUGCAGGAUACAUUGUCUUGCAGCUAACUGUGCGCUCAGUGGGAACACGUUCAAAAAGAGCUUUGGUUGUUUACAACCUCAUAUGUUGGGGGUUUCCAGGCUACAUCACUGUGUUAGCCCUGUGUCUGGGUGUGCUAGGCCAAGACAACUCUGUAGGGACGGGAGGGUGGUGCUGGAUCACGAGUGCUAUCACGUACGACCAGCAGAACUUCUGGAUGUUUGUCAGCGGUAAAGCAUGGGAGAUAACGUGCUACAUAUUGACAACCCUCCUCUACAUGGUUACGAAAAUGAUCCUGUGCAAAAGGGCUCAGCACACAGCGUACAUAUACAGCUGGAUCAAAGAGGAGGAAGAAGACUUCAGGCUUGAAGAUCGUAAUUUUAUCUUCGUUCCCUUCAUUUUGUAUUUACUGCGGUUAUGGGGAACGAUUCGCUUUGUCAUCGCUUUGGCGAAGAAAGAAGGUGGUUCGAACCAGUUGAAUAUGGCUCAAAAAGUUUUAAUGGAUUUGCAAAGUGUUGGCGACAGUUGGCAGGGUUUCUGGAAUUUUGUGUUAUUUUGUGUCGUAGAUAAUACAGUGCGGGACUACUUGUAUCGCGUGGUAACUGAUAACAGGUGUUGCAGAAAGGAAACACACGUGGAUGUGCAAACUGAGAGAUCUCCCAUUUUGAGUCGUGCCGAACAAAAUGCGGGAACAUUAGUUGUGUAAAGGUGUGAGCUUUUCACGUAUUUAGAUAUAAUAAGACACGAAAUGAUGUCUGGGUAAAUUUGUCAACAUUGAACGUUAGUUGUGUUUUGUGAUACUGAUAAAAAAUUAAUAAUAAUAUCGCUAUUUUAUCGUUUUUGCCACGUUUAGUUGUGGUUCAUACCUUACUCCUAACUAUACACAUGUUGACAAAAUGAUUUCGUAUUUAUUUCAUGUUUAUGAUAUAUAAAUAUUCUCAUUUUUGCCAUCGAGUGUAUUUGUAUUUGUGUAUUGUGCAGUUUAUUAAUUGCAUAAUGUAUCACAACUUUGACUUGACUUGCAUUAGGAUGUGACCAAUGAACACAAGUUGUGUGAACGAUAAACAUCAGCUGUGUAGAAGUGUACAAUAUGAACUUUGUUUUAUGACAGUACCAGGACGUAUGUACAUACUCGUUGCUAUAUAACUAUAUAGUUAGCAAUGCUGUGUAUAAUAAUUUUAUUAUUUUUAUGACUGACACCUAAAUUGUGAAUUCAAAACCAAUUAUAUUUUGCAUAGGAUCGCCGUAUAAAAUUGAGAAAGAAUGAAUGAGAUAAACUUUUCAGAUAUUGCAAAAUGGCUGUGAUUGCCUGCUUACGAGACAUGAUACAUCGCAAAAAUGAAAAUAUCCCUUUUUCCUCCACGCGGUUCUUUUUCGCUGACGAUGAUACAUAUACAAAACAAUAUUAUAGAUAUAUAUGUGUUUGAAAUAAUUUGGAAAUAAAAUAAAAGUCCAUAUUCUUACACACAAAGUGAUACAUACUAUGACACAAAGACCAUUGCUUCCAAACAAAUAAAAUCCAUUCAGGAGAGCCCGGCCAUUUUUUUAUAAAACAUCUCAACUUCCAUAUGGUUUUAUUUUAACAUACAUUUGUUUCAUUAAACAUCAAUGCUCCCCAUAAUAAUUGCACUUAGCGUCAAAAUGAAUCACUCAUAUUUUCAAUACAGAUGUUGUUUGAAUUGUUAUUAGUUUUAUACUGUUAGUGUGUGCUUUAAAACUUGUUUCGCCCAAAACAGGACACGUAACUCUAGCGCUGUCAAUGGUGUCUUGCUUAACGGUGAGUCUGGUCCAUGUUUAAAAGCCCAUAUGCAACGCUCUAGAGUAACAUUUACCAGCUGAGUGUGCAAGAAUGAAGGUGGGACAGAAAUAUUAAGGUUAAUUUCUUCUUUAAAUGCCAAAACCUCGAAGUUGUGAAAUUGAUAUUUCAGAAAUUAAACUCCUUCUUGAAUUAA